AUGCCGGGCGGGUAUGAUGCACAGUCGCAGGAAGAGGAUACGAAUAUUCGGUAUGGGAGGAUCCCGCAGCGCGUGCCGAGGCGGUAUAAGACGAUUAAGAAAGUAGAACUCUUCCACGGCAACUUCGUCCUAGACUCCGCUGUCCCGACCAAAUUGUUGAACAUGUGCGCCCAACGCGACGAACGCGAAUUCACCCAUAUGCGUUACUCCGCCGCCACCUGCGACCCUAACGACUUCAAAGACUCCGGCUUCACGCUCCGUCAAGUACAUUACGACCCCCCUCGGCGCACGGAACUCUUCAUCGUAAUGACGAUGUACAACGAAGACGACGGACUGUUCACGCGGACGAUGCAUGGCGUCAUGAAGAAUAUCGCGCAUCUGUGUAAAAGGGACAGAAGUAAGACGUGGGGCAAGGACGGGUGGAAGAAGGUCGUGGUUUGUGUGGUGAGCGAUGGGAGGCAGAAGAUUAAUUCGAGGACGUUGAGUGUGGUCGCGGCGAUGGGGGCGUAUCAGGAUGGGAUUGCGAAGAAUAUCGUGAAUGGGAAGCCGGUUACGGCGCAUAUAUAUGAGUAUACGACGCAGAUCUCCGUCACCCCCUCCAACAAAAUCGAAGGCGCCGAAAAAGGAAUCGUCCCCGUCCAAAUCAUCUUCUGCCUCAAAGAGAAAAACCAAAAAAAGAUAAACUCCCACCGCUGGUUCUUCAACGCCUUCGGCCCCAUCCUCCAGCCCAACGUCUGCGUCCUCCUCGACGUCGGCACCAUGCCCGGGCCCACGUCGAUUUACCAUUUGUGGAAGGCGUUCGAUAUUAACUCUGAUGUCGGGGGCGCGUGUGGCGAGAUCGUGGCGUUGAAGGGGAAGUGGGGACUUAAGUUGUUGAAUCCGUUGGUGGCGGCGCAAAACUUCGAAUACAAAAUGUCAAACAUUCUCGAUAAGCCGCUUGAAUCGAUAUUCGGAUAUAUCACCGUCCUUCCCGGUGCGUUCAGCGCCUAUCGGUACAUCGCGCUGCAGAACGACGUGAACGGCGAGGGCCCGCUGCAGAAGUAUUUCUUGGGGGAGACCAUGCACGGCGCGGGCGCGGAUAUCUUCACGGCGAAUAUGUAUCUUGCGGAGGAUCGUAUCCUCUGUUGGGAACUCGUCUCGAAAAGGGGCGGGAGCUGGAUAUUGCAUUAUGUCAAGUCUGCGUAUGCGGUCACGGAUACGCCUGAUCAGAUCCCGGAACUCGUCUCCCAACGCCGCAGAUGGCUCAACGGCUCCUUCUUCGCCGCGAUACACAGCACCGUCAAGUUCAACUACCUCUACCGCUCCUCUCACUCGUUCGCGCGCAAGGCGUGGAUCCACGUCGAGUUGUUGUAUCAGACUUUUAAUUUGAUCUUUUCGUGGUUCGGGCUCGGCAACUUCUUCAUCUCCUUCUUCGUCCUCACCAACGCGCUCGAAGACCCGGACGUGAUCGGCGGCACGGCGAUCAAAGUGAUCAACACGAUCCUGCAGUACGCCUACGUCGGUCUGUUGUUGAUGUGCUUCAUGCUCUCGCUGGGCAAUCGGCCGCAGGGGAGUAAGUGGGGGUAUACGCUGGCUUUCGUGGGCUUUGCGGUGUUUACGGUUUAUAUGACCUUCUCGGCGUUUUACCUAGCCGUGAUCGGCAUCAAAGAGGUCGCGGCGGACGAGAGCGGGGGGAUCACGUUCAAGGACCUGUUCACGAACUCGAUCUUCAGGGAUAUCGUCAUCUCGCUCGCGAGCACGCUCGGGCUGUAUAUCUUGGCUUCGUUGAUCCAUUUCGACCCGUGGCAUAUGGUUACUAGCUUCUUGCAGUAUUUGUUGUUGGCGCCGGGGUAUAUCAAUGUGUUGAACGUGUAUGCUUUCGCGAACGUCCACGACGUCUCCUGGGGCACCAAAGGCGACAACAAAGUGAACACCGACCUCGGCGAAGUCAAAACUGGUAAAAACACGAACGAAGUCGAGGUCGCGGUCCCGACGGCGGAGACGGACAUCAACGCGGCGUAUGAAGACGCGAUACACGUGCUGAGCACGAAGCCGCCGAAGGAGGAACAGAAGGUGGACGCGGCGACGAUGCAGGAGGAUUAUUAUCGGAAUUUUAGGACGAACGUGCUUAUGGCUUGGGUAUUGUCGAAUGCGUUGACGACGAACGGCGACGCGUCCUCGAGCGGGGCGAACAGUACGGUGAAUGGCUAUUUGCUGUUCAUCCUGUGGUCUGUCGCGGUUCUGGCUCUCGUGCGGUUCCUCGGGUCGACAACGUAUAUGCUUAUUCGGCUGUUCGCUGGAGAGUAA